AUGAAGGAGGAAAUUGAAAACAAUAACAAUAAGGUUGAAGGCAAAGACAGGGAAAUCAAGCAACUGCAGGAAAAGCUGAACCAACGUAAUGAUUUGGUCAUCGAGGAACUGAUAGCUCAGAAUGAAUUCUACAAGCAGAGUAUCAAAGAGCUAACGAACAACGUUUUAUCAAUAAAAGAGGAAAUGGAAACUAAAAUCCGGCGAAGAAAUGACUGCACCGACUUUGCUGAUGCUCCGGGUAUUCAUAAGAUUAAUCCGGAUCGAGAAGGUCCUUUCGAUGUACUUUGUGACAGUGCGACAGCAGGUCCUGGUUGGACGGUUAUCCAGCAGCGAAUCAAUGGAAAGGAGGAUUUCUAUAGGGAUUGGACCACAUACCGUGAAGGUUUUGGUUCCUUUGAUGGCGACUUCUUCCUCGGUCUCGAGAGGAUUCAUCGCUUGACACGCGCCCAGCCCCAUGAGCUCUACAUACAUAUGGAAGGAUUUGAUGGUGACAUCAAAUACAGAAGAUACGAUCAAUUUGCCAUUUCUGGCGAGGAGGACCAAUACACCUUGAUCACCUUGGGUAAAUCUGAGGGCAGUGCAAAAAAUGAUUACUUGCUAUACCACAAAGAUAAGAAAUUCACCACUUACGAUCGUGACAAUGACAAUUUGAAUUCUGGCAACUGCGCAAACCGAGACGAACGUGGUGGUGGCUGGUGGUACGGUGAUUGUGCAUACAGGUAUUGAUCGCCACAGCUUUGUCAAAGCAAGUUAUAUGCAAUUAAUUUUUAUAUGGUUUUUUUUUUAGCAAUUUAAAUGGCAAAUACUAUGAUCAUAAGGUGUCAAAAAAUGAUGCCAUAUUUUGGUAUGGUCACGACUCCUUGAAGACCGUCAAAAUGCUUAUACGCCCCAAAAGC